GCAUCGACAACCCUCGCGCCUUCCAACACCGCGAAACCCCAGCUCGAACGGAGUAGUGACACCGACACAUCGUCACCUCGAGCAUAAAAGAAGGAAAAAUGGGUCUUUUCAUCCUUAGCGAGACGAGCGCGGGUUAUGCUCUGUUCAAGGCCAAGGACAAGAAGCUGCUCAGCAAGGGCGAUGAGCUCAGCAAGGAUGUCUCGAACAUUGUCGAGUCGCUGAAGCUGAAGAAGUUCACCAAGUUCGAGAGUGCCGUCACUGCGCUCAAUGAGGCCGCAGCUCUCACCGACGGCAAGGUCAGCUCCAUGCUCGGCAGCCUCCUGCAGGAGCUCAAGGAUGAGAGCAAGGCAUCUUUGGUUGUCGCCGAUCCCAAGCUUGCCGUCUCCAUCGCGCAGGUCCCUGGCCUGUCUCUGAAGCCCAUCUCCGACUCCUCCACCCAGGAUGUCUACCGUGCUAUUCGCGAGCACAUGACCUCCCUUGUCCCCGAUCUGAUGCCCGCCGAGAUGGACUCGACCCGCCUCGGUCUUGCGCAUUCGCUCUCCCGUCACAAGCUGAAGUUCUCGCCCGAUAAGGUCGACACCAUGAUCAUCCAGUCUAUUGCUAGCCUUGAUGUUCUCGACAAGCAGCUCAACACAUAUGCCAUGCGUGUCAAGGAAUGGUACGGCUGGCACUUCCCCGAGCUUGCCAGGAUCUUGAACGACAACCUUGCCUACUCCAAGGUCGUCCUCAAGAUGGGUUUCCGCACAAACUCCAAGGACGCCGACUUGUCAGGCAUCCUGCCUGAGGAGAUUGAGGCUGCCGUCAAGGCCGCUGCUGAGAUCAGUAUGGGUACUGAGAUUUCCGAGGAGGAUCUCGAGGCUACCAGCGCUCUCGCUGAGCAGGUCGUGGACCUCACUGAGCAUCGCCAGAACCUUGGCGCAUACCUCUCCUCGCGUAUGCAAGCUCUUGCACCUAACCUGACUGCGCUCGUUGGUGAGCUUGUCGGUGCCCGCCUCAUCGCCCACGCUGGCUCGCUCAUGAACCUCGCCAAGUCUCCCGGUUCCACCAUCCAGAUUCUCGGUGCCGAGAAGGCGCUGUUCCGCGCGCUCAAGACCAAGCACGACACACCCAAGUACGGUCUUAUCUACCACGCCUCUCUCAUCGGUCAGGCAACUGGCAAGAACAAGGGAAAGAUCGCCCGUAUGCUCGCCGCCAAGUCUGCUCUUGGUCUGCGCGUCGACGCCCUCAGCACAUGGGGCAUCACCUCCGAGGACAAGUCCGACGAGCCCACUGAGGAGGAGAAGUCACAGAUCGGUCGCGAUGCCCGUCUCGGCAUCGAGAGGAGGUUGAGGGCUCUCGAGGGCAAGCCCCUCAAGAGCAUCCCCAACGCCAACGCUACCGCGCUCGGCUCCGGGCAAAAGUGGGACGUCAAGGAGGCCCGCAAGUACAACCCCGAUGCCGAUGGUCUGACGGGCGAGGAGCCCGCCGCCAACGGCGCCACACCGAAGAAGCUCGUCCAGGAGGUCGACGAGGACGAGUCCAUGGCCGACGCCGACUCGGCCGACUCCGAGUCUGAGGAGGAGACCAAGGCCACCAAGGGCGGCGACAAGGCCGCAAAGAAGGCCGAGAAGGAGGCCAAGAAGGCACGGAAGGCCGAGCGCUCUGCAAAGCGCGCAGAGAAGGAGGCCAAGAAGGCCGCAAAGGAAGCCAAGAAGUCGUCAAAGGACUCGAAGAAGAGGAAAUCCGAGGCUGACGACACAACCGAAAAGAAGAAGAAGAAGAAGAGCAAGGACUAGACUCAACACACGCGUCGCGACUGCUGUCGCUGCUGUACGUUUGACCAUGUGAAAAUGGGUGGCGUUCUGGGGUCUACAUUCUUCUUUUUGCGAGACGUUCUCGAAUCGCAUGUCGUGCUAUAUGGGCGCGUGGCGCAGGGCUGGAUUCAUGUACCAUUUCUUGUUGAUGAUGGCAUUGCAUAUUGGGGACGAGAUGAUGUGCGGAAGGAUACCCGCUGGCCUAUGCAUAAAAUUACACGCAAAAAUUUCAA